AUGGGAGAGAAGGAUUGGGACAAAGACAUCAGCAACCCUGAGAACAGACAUCGUGCUGUGUCUCUAAAGAAGGUGAUACUGGUGGAACUGACUGUGCCCUGGGAGGAGAGAACAGAAGAAGUGUUUGAACGUAAGUCAGCCAAGUACCAAGACCUGGCAAAUGCAUGCAACAAAGCGGGAUUGAAAACACAAGUAUUCCCGGUAGAGGUUGGCUGUAGAGGAUUCCCAGCCCAGUCACUAUGGAUAAAGCUUGGCUCAUUGGGCAUCAAAGGGAAAGUAAGGAAAGCCGCAGCCCAUGCAGUAGGAAAAGCUGCCGAGAGAGCGUCCAGUUGGCUCUGGUUACGCCGAAAUGAUAAGGAAUGGCAGCCGUCGUGGACAAGCAGUCCCUGA